UGUUGCUAAAAUACAAGCGGAAAUGUCGUACGAAAAUGAGAGCCGUCGGCGUUAUACCGAAGUUUCUGAAGAUAAAGCGACUGUUCUAUUCGGGGAAGGCACAACGCAUUUUCAAACGGACUGAGGAGGCCUUACUACGAGAGCGCAUUCAGCAGACCCGACGGGACAUGGCAAGCACAAACUGGCAACGUUUGCGACACGAUGAAGCUCCCUUACGAGGUCCACCAACAGAAUAUGACAAACUAGUUGAGGAUUUCUAUGCAAAACUUCAGGCUCACCGUAAAGAGGCCAAGCAUAAGUUGGAUGAGCGCCAGCAAUCUGGAGCAAAAAGACUGGUUUCACGGUUUCCUGGCUGGAAUGAAAUGACAAUCACCAACCUACACAACAUGUUCCUUCUCUUUGACAGCAGUAAUCUUGGAAUGCUCAACUUUGAUGACUUCUGUGCCAUUCUGGGAUGCCUUGGUGAUGAAAGUCCCUACGAUGUACGUAAACUUCAUCAUGAUACAGCAGACAAGGACAUGGAUGGUUGCAUCAGUUAUGAAGAGUUCCUUUUGCUUGUGUACAAUUUUGAUCCUCCCGAGGACAAUGAGAUUAGAGGACUGGCCAAACUCUGCCUUAAAAUGGCUGACGAUAUCAAGUUUGUUGGUGGACUCUCACUUGGAGAGCAGUUGGAAUACGGACUGUUUUAGUAUAAGAUUGUGUGUAUUACGAUAUUCCUACUUAAUUAGUCACAAAAAGCUGUGACUCUGUGAUGUGAAAAUAUGAUCUUUUGCUGAUAUGUAUGUAGUAUGUAAUGAAGGUAUC